AUGGAAAAAAGCAACAGAAGUUUGCAAACAGACUUCAUCCUUCUGGGGUUUUCUGAUCGACCGCAACUGGAGCGUGUCAUCUCUGUGUUUGUCUUCAUCUGCUACGUGGUAACUCUGGUAGGAAACUCAGCCAUCAUCAUUAUAUCCUAUUUAGACCCCCACCUCCACACCCCUAUGUACUUCUUCUUAUCUAAUCUGUCAAUUUUGGAGCUGGGUUAUACAAACUCCAUUAUCCCGCAGAUGCUGGCAAAUCUAUGGGGUUCAAACAAGGCCAUUACCUAUGCAGGGUGCGUGCUCCAGUUUUUCUUUGCCCUGGUCUUCGCAGCCACAGAAACUCUGCUCUUGACAGUGAUGGCCUAUGACCGCUAUGCUGCUGUCUGCCAGCCUCUGCAGUACACAGUCAUAAUGCAUCCUCAGCUUUGCCAGAAGAUGGUGAUGACCUGCUGGCUGGGUGGUCUUGGCAGUGCCAUAACUGUCUGCUCCUUGAUUUUCACAUUGCCAAGAUGUGGGCACCGUGUAGUGGACAAUUUUAUUUGUGAGACACCAGCAUUAAUGAAAUUGGCUUGUGUUAACACAAGAGUAAUUCAGAUUGUUAUCUUGGUUUUUGGAGUUGUAUUACUUCUAUCCCCUGUGUCACUGAUUUUCAUAUCCUAUGGCAUCAUCAUUCAAACUGUCAUUCAGAUGCAGUCAACAGCACGGUGGAGAAAGGUCCUCAAUACCUGUGGCUCUCACCUUACAGUAGUAGUUCUGUUUUUUGUGCCAGCUAUUUACAUGUACAUGACACCACAGAGUGGCAUAUCUGAGGAGGAAGGAAAGUUCUUUACACUCUUUUAUACAAUCAUCACACCCAGCCUUAACCCUUUAAUCUACACUCUAAGAAACAAAGAUGUGAAGACGGCAGUGAAGAGAAUACUGGUGAUAGAGAUGCGGUCAACAAAGCUGUGA